AUGUCUGCGUUUUCAGAUAAGCAAUUCGAUGCGAAGCAGUACGGCGACUUCCGGCCGCAGUACCCCGGCUCUCUGUUUGACAUUAUCCUCAAGUACCACGGCUCUGUGCCAGGCAACAAGUUCGACACGUUGCUGGACAUUGGGUGUGGCACGGGACAGGCAUUCAAGCCAUUGAGCCCCCACUUCCAGAAAGUGGUGGCCACAGACCUGUCGACGGUGAUGGUGGAGCGGUCGAAAGAGGUGGCACGCACAUUGAGCACGCCUGUGGAGCUUUAUGUGUGUCCUGCAGAAAAAGUCCCCGUCGAAGACGCAUCGGUCGAUGUCGUGGUGGCUGGAGAGUGCGUGCACUGGUUCGACACUGACAAAUGGCUCAAUGAGCUCAGCAGACUGCUCCGCGACAACGGCACGGUGGCAUACUUCGCCUACGUGGACCCUGUGUUUGUUGGAGCGCCCGAGGCCAACCAGAUCUACGAGGAGAUGGUGUACGAGGACGGGGCAUUUCUGGGUCCGUACUGGGAGCAGCCGGGACGCGGCAUCUUGAGACGGCUGUACAAGGACGUGAACGAGAAAUUGGCCGCUGAUUCCCGGUUCUCCAACGUCGAGGUGGUGUACCACGACCCGGCAAAAGAGCCCGCAGAGCACGCAAAAUUCACCAUCUCCAGAAAACUGACCCUGGACGAGUACCUCAAAUACGCCAAGACAUGGAGCUCGUACCACCGGUGGCAGAUGGCGAACCAGAAAAAGCCCGACGCCCAGGACCUGCUGCAGGAAGUGUACAGGCGGCUCAACAAAAGGCUCGGCUGGGACCUACAAACAAGUAUCCAGAUCUCGUGGAAGACUGUGUACGUUCUUGCCCGCAAAGUCGGACACAAAUAA